AUGAAUACUUUUAAUAUAGCACUUUUUGGAAUAAUUGGAGCUAGUCUUUUAUAUUACAUAUACUUAAUCUAGUACACGAAUUCGGUUCCUUUUUAAUUAGGUGAAAUACAAGAAAAGGAAUAGGAGGCUAGAAACAAAGAGAGUGGAAAGAAAAACUAUUAAAUUCCGAAUUUCUUUUUUAUCACUCCUUGGUAAUUUAUUAAAGUAACAUUAGGAAUAAAGAUGGAUAUAAACUUACUGUAAAAUAUGCAUAGAAAAUUGAUAUGGUUAGUCCUGCUUGGUUUAAUGUUAGAUAUAAUAAUGUUAUUGACGGAAGGCAAGUUGUAAAUGAAUAAUGGAUGCAAGAAAUAGUUUAGGCCAAUCCUUAAAUUGCUAUAAUUCCUAGAGUCUAAAUAGAAUUAUAGCAAAGCUCAAUUAUUUAGCAAAUCAAUAGCCCAUAAUUAUUGGAAUCAAUCAUAAAUUUGGUGUAAUAAUAUUAAGAUAAAUUUCAUGGAAUUAUGAUAGACACACCCUAUUUAUCUUAUAUUGAUGCUUUAGAUGCAUAUGACAUAGUUAUAUUCCUUCAAAAAUUAAAAGCGAGGCUGAAUAAUAAAAUGUUAGUCUUAACAUUGUAUGGCAUCUACGAUCCUUCACAAUACAAACAUUCUACUUUAAAAAAAUUAUUCAAACUAGCAGAUUAUACAUUAAUAUAAACAUACGAUUAUCAGAUCUAAGAUCAAGAAGAUUAAAUAUUAUCACCUUAUUCAUGGAUUCAAGAAAAUUUAGAACAUUUUAUGACUUACAAAGAGAAAUUGUUGUUUGUAAUUAUAUAAUACUAAUAUUCAUAGGGAAUUCCUUUUUACGGAUUCAAAAAAACUGAGCAUAAUAAGACUCAUUUUAUAGGUAAUGAACUUCUUAAAUUGAAUGCAUCCAAUCACCUUACAGAAUGGGAUAGAUCGUCUUCUGAAUGUAGAUACAAAAAUGAACUCGUUUCUAUAUCAUAUCCUUGUCCUGAUUUUCUUGUAUAAAGACUAGAAUUAAUCAAAGAUUUCAGAAGAGGUUACUUUGUUUGGGAAGGAGGGCAAGGUAUUGAAUUGUUUUAUCAACUUUUAUGA